AUGCUGGUGGAAAAGUUUUUAAUAUUACUGGCAUCGUGUAGUGUAACUAGUUCGUUACCUAUUUAUGAGUCGCUUUCGUCGUUUGUUGGAUUCACAAGUCCCGACGAGCAAAAGCUGUUAAAUGGAGUAGACGCUACCAGAAGCAGUAGUAGUAAAGGUGGCCAUAGAGUUCCGGGAUCGCUCAUUAAUGAAAUAGAGUACGAAGACUGGUUGAAAACUGAGACAGACCUGGCGUUCGACAGAGUCAUUUCUAAUAUCGGCGGCUACGGUCAGGGUCUUGACGAUGUCCUUCCUGGAGCCGUAAUAGCCAGCCCAUCUAAAUCCAAGCCUAACUAUUAUUAUAUUUGGACUAGGGAUGCCGCUAUCUCCAUCAACUCAUUGAUUACUCGUUACGACGAUCAAAAGGGCCAAAAUGAAACACUAAGGUCUAUUAUCAACGACUACCUUAACUCAUCUGCGAUUAUGCAGCAUGUGGAUAAUCCUAGUGGCACAUUUGAGAACCUAGAAGGUCUAGGAGAGCCUAAAUUUAUGGUUGAUGGACGUCCUUUUACAAGCACAUGGGGCAGGCCCCAACGAGAUGGUCCUCCCCUUCGUGCUUCCACGAUGAUAAAUUAUGUCAACUCUGAAGUGCGUAAUAAUAAUUUACAGUAUAAGGACUUUGAAGACCUGUAUUACAAUGUGAUCCGUCCUGAUUUAGACUACGUAGUCCAACAUUGGAAGGACAAAAGCUUCGAUCUAUGGGAAGAAGUGUAUGGAAACCACUUUUUCACUUCAAUGGUGCAGCUGAAAUCUCUCAUUCACGGUGCUGAGAUAGCCCACGAGCUAGGCGAUAAGAUCUCAUUCUACGUGUUUAGAGGCGUGGCCUCUGAACUCCGUGAGUACAUUAGACAGUACUGGGACAGCUCUAGAAAGCAUUUGGUAGAGACAUUAGAUUCUAAAGAAAGGUCAGGCUUAGACACUGCGCUGUUCCUUGGUUCGAUACAUGCCAUCGACCUGUACAACUGGGAUGGUAUAGAUACUGAUGAGCUCGUGUUCCCUCCAUAUUCGGACGAGGUGAUCGCUUCCAUUGAUCAUCUUGUGAAUGAUAUGCGUUAUAGAUUCCCGAUCAACGCCAGACGUUUGGAUGAAUUCUCUAAACAGGGCAAAAAUAAUUCCCUUGCUGGUGUGGGUAUCGGUAGAUAUCCAGAGGACGUUUACGAUGGAGCUGAUGUCACCACUGGAAACCCAUGGUUCCUUUGCACGGCAACUGUUUCCCAGACUCUUUACCUUCUGGCCGACCAUCUCAUCACCCGGCCAGAUUCGUAUAAAUUAGUCAUCUCGGACAUUACCAAACCUUUCUAUUCGCUAUUUCUUAGCGACAAUGAAAACUUCGACUCGCCUGAUUUCAGCAUUGCUCGUACCAACGAAGCAUACACUGCGCUCGUUAAGCGCAUUAUAGAAUACGCAGACUCGUUUUUAGAUGUAAUCCGUGAACACCACGCCAACGACGGUAGUAUGAGUGAGCAAUUUAGUAGGUACGAUGGCUACAUGAGAGGUGCUACUCAUCUCACCUGGAGUUACAGUGCAUUCUGGGCUGCUUCGCGCCAGCGGAACCUGACUCUCUCACGUCUCUAUUAG